UUUCUAUCACGUCUUUAGCUUCUCUCGUACGAAUGCUCCGUCUAUCUUAUAAGUCCAUGAGGCCGACCUGAUUCCGUUCUCAGUCGCGUUGCGUUCGCUAUGGCGGUAGUUUAAGUUUUAUUAUCGUCGUUCUUCCAAAACUUUCUCAAUCAAUUUCACAUUCUGCUGCAGUGCCAGUGACUGUGAAAGAAUUUAGCCCACGCACAUUAAAUUAACCCCAAUUUUAAUUUCAUCUUUCUUCCUCGCAUAUCUCACUGGUAGAAACGCAAGAAGUCGUAAGGUCAAGCGCAGUUCCUAGUUUGUAGUGAAAGUGUUCACGUUCCUCGACCUAAUUAGAGUAUCUCUCAGAUUUCCUCCAUGUCCCUUCUUCCAUUGUUAUUUCUCUAACUUGAUGUCUUGUAUCUAAUAACACCUAAUACAUUCCAAAGUUCAACGCUCGACUAUACCUGGUGUUCAAAACGUAACGAUGAACGGCGAUAAAAAAUGUGAUGUAAUACGAGUUGGAUCUCGGAAAAGCGAGUUGGCCUUGAUACAAACUAAACACGUAAUACAAUGUUUGAUAAAAAUUAAUCCAAAAAAAGAAUUUGAAAUAGUAACGAUGAAUACUAAAGGAGAUCAGAUUCUAGAUAAGUCUUUACCAAAGAUCGGGGAAAAAUCCUUGUUUACCGAAGAGUUGGAACUAGCUUUAGAAAAUGGUAGCGUUGAUUUCGUCGUGCAUUCAUUGAAAGAUUUGCCAACAACACUGCCGGCAGGAAUGGCUCUAGGUGCAAUAUUAAAACGCGAGGAUCCCCGCGAUGCAGUGGUCAUAUCGAAGAAAUUUAAAGAUAAAACGUUAACCACAUUACCGAAGGAUAGUGUAAUAGGUACUAGCUCUUUACGUAGAUCCGCUCAAUUAUCACGGAACAUGCCGCACUUAAAGAUAGAGAACAUUCGCGGUAACUUGAACACUAGAUUAAAAAAACUAGACGAUGAAAAUGGCCCCUACGCCGCGAUCAUAUUAGCUGCUGCUGGUUUAAAACGGAUGGGCUGGGAAGACAGGAUAAGUCAACUUUUAGAACCCGAAGAAGCUCUUUAUGCUAUCGGUCAAGGUGCAUUGGGUGUUGAAUGUCGAGAGUCUGAUUGGAAAAUACGUUCAAUUUUGGAACCAUUGUUUGAUUUGGAAACCACAUUGACAUGUGUGUGUGAGCGUUCAUUUCUAAAAACUCUUGGUGGUGGAUGUUCCGCACCAGUCGCGGUAUCUUCAUCUUUGAAGAAGAACGAAUUAACGAUUACUGGUGCUGUAUGGUCUUUAGAUGGUCAAACUCUGAUUACAGAUACUUCUAAAAGCAAACUAUAUUUACCCAACGAUGAUGGUGAGCCUCCUCGGAAAUGCCCAUAUCAGGAACCCCGCCUUUAUUGCAGCGUUAUUUCUAGUUAUAAAAUAAGUAGUAUAAGUCUUCUUGGUGCAGAACUUCUUGGUAAAGAUUUGGCUAAGAGUCUUAUAAAGAAAAAUGCUCUCGAUGUAAUGUCACAAGCUAGAAAUGAAAUUUUAGAUUCAAAAUAAUUGUGUCAAAUAUGAUUUGUAUUUGAUUUCUAGUUGAAAACACAUAGAGGAUGUAUAUUAAUGUAAAAUGACAAUUGUUAAUAAUUUCCCAAUCUUUCAAUGUCUUACAACUAUGAAUAUCCAUUAUACAUUUCUAUUGAUACAUGCUCAAGAUAGAAAACAAUUGAAGUACAAAUCAUAUUAUUUUUUGUACUGUUGCUAUUCUCUCUCUGCUUUUGCAUAUGUCGUACACAUUUUAUUUAUUCUGUUUGAUGAUUCAGGAAAAGUACAAAGUAAUUGUAAUUAUAACAGUGAAAAACAUUGGAAAUAAUAUAAAAUAUAUAGUACAAAUUACUGAAAUUCUCAUAUUGAUAUCUUUACGUUCUGAACAAAUUGUGCUCACGAGUGAUGUGAAGAUUAUUAUUGUUAUAUAUGUUCAAAUGUAUGGUUAUUUAAAUCGAUCAGGUCAGCCGUUAUUGAGAUCUGAUAAUCUCAAUCUGCCGCAACUCGCCGGUUCGCGUAAAGUAUCCACGGCAGUGUCACUGCGCUUUGGCUUAGCGCCGAGACACUACCGUGUCUCCAGAUAAUCCCUAAUUAUUGUUCACAAAACAAAUUGUUAUAUAGAAAUUUUAUUAUUGAAAAUAAGUUGUAAAACACUGCCAUGUAUAGGUCAACAACAAUUAAUAUCAUGUAUAUAAUUCCGUUUAUAUUAAAUAGAUUACAAUAAUCAAGUUUUGUACAUGCACAAUUUAUGAACUCAUGAGUAUAUGUGUACAUAAUUUGAUUCUGUUGACUUUUGGGUCUUAUUUUAAUAAAUUAAAUCGAUUUUUUGUUUUACAUUUUGAGGCAUUAUUAACACUAUAAAAUUACAAGGUAUCAAGCAAAAGCAU